CGCUCGUGGAUGGGCGGAGAGAUGAGAGCCGCAGGUGGGACGUGAAACUGGACGAUUUUACCCGUUAGUUUUACCGACAACCUCAUCCUCGCGAGUGUGUGAGCGGUGCUUCUGAAAGACAUGGGGAAGCUUCAGGAAUUCGAGAUUACUUUCACUAAUAACAAAGUGGUCUACAACCCCGGCGAAUCCAUAUCAGGAACUGUGAGAAUUAAAACAAGCCACUCCUUACAGUUUAAAGCCAUCAAAGUCAACUGUGUGGGGUCAUGUGGCAUCUCGUCCAAGCUGAAUGAUGCAUCAUGGAUGCUUGAGGAGAAGUACUUGAGCAGCACGCUGUCUGUGGCCGAUAAAGGUAUUCUGUCAGCUGGUGAGCACAGCUUUCCAUUUCAGUUUCUCAUUCCAGCAUCCGUUCCAACCUCAUUCGAAGGCCCAUUUGGGAAGAUUUUGUACAAAAUUAGGGCUUUUAUUGACACGCCACGUUUCUCAAAGGACUACAAGACCCAUCGGCCCUUCUACCUUCUCAAUGUGCUCAACCUCAAUGAGUUGCCAGACAUAGAGCAACCCAGCUGUGCUGUGACAACAAAAAAGUUUAACUACCUCCUGGUAAAAACAGGCACGCUCAUGCUGAAAGCUUGCAGUGAUCUGAGAGGAUACACUCCUGGACAGGUUAUCAAACUAUCUACUGAAAUCCAUAACAAGUCUGGUAAAGACACCGGCUAUGUGAUGGCCAGCCUUAUUCAGAGAGUGUCGUAUAAGACGAAGCGGCCAGUGUUUGAUCUGCGACCCAUAGCAGAGGUUGAGGGUGCCGGGGUCAAGGCCGGCAAACAUGCAGAGUGGAAAGAACAGAUCAUCGUCCCUCCUCUUCCUCAAUCGGGCCUGACUGGCUGCAGCCUCAUAGACAUUGAGUAUUUUAUCCAGGUUUCAUUAAAAUCUCCUGAGGCUGUGGUCACGUUACCCAUAUACAUUGGGAACGUCGCUGUUAACUUGACUCCCUCCAUUCCGUACCCCAUUGCUCAAGGCGCUCCGAUGCCUGCCAUGCCGAGCCUCAUCCCUGCACCCAUAGUCCCCAGCGCGCCUCCUGUAGAGGACGACCUGGAGGGUGAGCUGGGUGCUGGAGGAGUAGACAGCGAGGAGAUUCCCACCAAGAGUCAUUCUCAGCAGGACCCGUCCGGCGUGCCUCUCACCAUGACUCCCGGCGCGUUCGGUCUUGCAUCUGGUCCGGUCCCGCCGCAGAGCCAGCAGAACAUCCAAUCCUCAGACGGUUCUGCGCCUGUGUUCUGUUUGUCUACAGGGGCCACCAUACCUUUCUUCACAGAUGGUAAUUCAACACCAGUGCCCACUUCCUGUCCCCUCAUCCUGCCCCCUGAAUACAGCACCUGGGAAUACCCACAUGAGCCGCCUCCCACAUAUGAGGAAAGCUGCAGUAGCAACAACUCGAGCUUCAACAGCAGCAUGAGGUAGACCAUUCAGAGGUCUCGCUUCUUCAUAAUGCCAUUCAUCUGGUGCCCCCUGCUGGACGGUACAGGAAUUGCUGCCAGGCCCCAAACCUGGCCCUCCAUGAACAAAAUCUCUUUAAAACUCAUAAAGGAUCAUUUCCUUCAUUUUUAGUCAAGUCCCUCAGUACAUAAAUUCAAAGUUGGAGAAAACAACCCUGAAACUGUGUAGGGAGAACGUUUCAGUGCCUAAGAAAGAUGUAGCACUCUUGAGCAACCCCUAGAUGAGACGCACUCAGAGAGUUCUUGUGAAAUUAAUACCAGCAUCUAUAACAAUUUGAAGCGAAAGUUAAACUGAGAAUGCGUUUUCAUUCAACCAAGGCUGGCCUUAUGUAUAUCUCAUCACAAAAUAUGCUCAGUAAAAUCUGAAACAUAAUUCUGCCAGGCUGAAAGUCUCGUUGAAGGAAUAAACACUCCUUUCCUUGUGACGACCGUUAUGAAUCAUAAGGCGCUCCAUGCUUGCACCAGCAGGAAUGGCUCUUGACAAAGACAUUGGGCCACAGAGAAGGUUACUCUGGAAAGAACAAGUUUUAUUUAUUGAUGGGGAUUGACAGAUGUUUCAUCUGACUUUUUUAAAGUCCAACUCAUCACCAAACAGACACUGUGUGGAUACAGCUUCGCGAUACCAAUGUAGUCAACCAUCAUGGGCACAUAAGUCAUUAUCACCAUCACGGCCAAAUGGUAGCCACUGUCCCUUGAAUGCUUAUAGGAACAACAUAUUACAUAUAAUUUUUGAACUAGUUCAUUUUUGUUUCACUGGUUUUACAGAGAUUUACACUUUGGACUUCUGACUUUGUGUUUUUGUUACCUUACAAACAAAGCAAAAUAAUCAUAUUUUUCUUUUCUGGGCUUUAUCAUUUCACCACCAUUUCAAAGAAGUUUUUUGAAGUGUGAUUUUUUUCUUUUUCUUUUUUUCAUUCUUUCAGACUGUGUGUAUCAUCAGUACUAGUAAUAUGUUAGAUUUCAGAAAUUUCACAUAUGCAUCAUUUGAAAUCUGAUGCAAACUGUGCAUGUCUUUGCAUAGGACUUGUUUGGUCUAUGCGUUGAUAUUUCUUAUAAUAGCCCACAGCAAAUUAGAGAUUUAUGAUGGAUUUCCGGCGAGGCCUUAGGCUGUACUUGGAUUGUUGUGUACAGUCCUUUAAUAUGGCAAACACUUUUUCAUUAUGACCUGAUCAGACCCUUGAACUGCUGAAGAAUUGAAGCACAAAAAGGCACUUUUAUGUGUAUGUGUAUAUAUAUGUGUGUGUGUGUAUGUGUGAAUGUUUUUUCCACCCCAUUUUCCAUGUUUAGUUCAGUAUUGUGGUACAUUUAGUACUUUAUUCAAUAAGCAAAGAAAGUCAGAAUUAGAACAGAACUACAGAACGGACCACAUUUAUCAUGUUCUAAAUGAUUUUGUAUGAAGCAAAAUUGCAAAAUUAUAAGAUAUGUUUUUGGAACUAAAUCAUUACUUUACCUUUUCUCUCUUUCCCUGAGUGUUUACCAUUACAGUGCUGACAGAGAAGAAUCAUUCAGGUCAUUCUACAAAAAGGGUGCCAUUUGAGUCCUUCAUAUGUAUCUAAAAACAUUUACUUCAACAAUGAAUAGCUGAUGACACUUCUCAUGCAUUAUGUAUAUUGCUAAACAAAUGAACAAAAAACCUUCUCAUUUUCUUUCAUGAUGAGGAUCCAUUUUCUGGCCUGUGUACAUUUUGAUAAAAACGUAAAAUAUAGAAACAAAAGCUAGUGUUUAUUCUCAUUUUCUAUAUAUUUUAAUUUAUUGGACAUGACUUGUAUUAAAAAGGUUAUGUGACCACCGUGUUACAAUCAUAUUUCCUCCUAUUUAUAAAAAUGAACUGUUCUGUAGCUCAUUAUGACAUUAUCAUCCUUUCAGUAUGCAGUUUCUUAAAGGAAAAGUCGACACUAGUUUUUUAAUCACUUUAUCUUAUAUUUUGUUAUAUUUGUCAGUAGGGUAAAUUGAUGGUGUGUAAUUGUGAAUAUUGUAAAAAUGAUAUUUGAAGUUUGAAAUGGAUACAUGCAAUUAAUUAACAGUAAAACAUUGUAUAACAUAGAAUGUUUAAAAUUAUAUAAAAAUGUACUUUAAAAAUUGCCUAAUCAGACUGCAAAAGGCACCUUUUUAUAGAAUGACCUGUUCAUAUUCAUAUCAAGGGACCUUGUCUUUGUUGAUUGUAUCCCAGCAGGCCACUGUGACUUGUAACAGUGCAGCUAAACAUAAAUUCAGAUUUUUUAAUUCACUGUGAGCAGCAUUGUGAUGAAAUUCUGCGAUUGCACAUAUGUAAAGAACAUUGUUAUUGUUUAUCAUCAAAAUCCAGUGAAGAAACCCUGACUUGAACACCUGUUCUCUAUUUUCAACCACAUUUUGCCUUAAAUGUGAAUCUGAUGCAUCCCUGGUUCCAUCGUAAUUGUAAAGAAGACGUACUUUGAGAUAAUACUGCACCACUUUUACUGUUAUCUUCAUUUGCCUCUCAAGCCUGUGUGACAUUAGAAAGAGUCAUAAGGAAAAUGGAUAGUAGAUGGUUAGUUAUUUUAGCACUGCAGGUGAAAGAAAUGAUUAAAAUGUGCAAGUCCUCCAUGUCUUAAAAUGUUCAAUUUGCAGCAUGGACAAACACUUAUUCGUUAUUUAUUUACAUGUGCUUUGUUCUGUCUUUUCCUUUACACCAAAGGUUCAACAGCUUUAUCAAGUUUCAUUUCAUCAUUGUGUGGUACUUUCCUUUCCCUGGAUCUUCCAGCAGGUUUUGAUAUAAAGUAGCACGAUUGUGGAUCAGUGUUCUAUGUAAAGUUGUGACAGAAUCAAGCUUGUACAGCAAAGAAAUAAAAUUACUCAUAUUCUCAUCCCCCCA